ACAUCGAAUGAAUUCAAAAUGUACCGAACCACAGAAGACUAUGUAAAAUGAACCUCCAUUUACAGAAAAUCAGCUGUAGCCUAAUAUUUGUUUACUACGGAUUGUGACAAAAGUAGUAAAAUAAUUAUUAUAUUAAAUACGUUGUAAAUACGAUGAAUAUUGACGAAGAAUCUGACUACGAAGAAGAUGAAUUUUUAAUUUUCGCUGAUUUCAAAAAUCAACUUGGCCCCCUUGAUUUGGAUGAAAAUAUAGCAGUGAAAAUCAUUGGACUUGAAAAGGACCCAGUCGCUGAAGUGAAUGGAAACAUAUUUAAAGGAUCCUAUGAUUACCCAAUGGGCACGUGCGUUUUCUUUGAAAAGGAUACGGACGCCGCGCCGUCAGAUCCUCUAUUCGAAACGAGCUGUCGGCAGAAAUAUAAAUAUUUUGGGAAAACCAAUAAAGUCAUUAAUUUUGAACGUAUAUACGUUGAACCGAAAUGCGAUGAAACCGUGAAUAAUCUAUCUAAUACUAUAAUAUCACCAGAAAAAAGUGAAAACAAUGAAAAAGAGCAACUUAAAAUACAGACUGAGGAUGAUAAACUUCGGAUUAACAUUUCAUAUGAAGAUGCUAUAAAACAAUUUCAAUCGUGUGAUGAAAACAUGAAAUUUCUUUAAAAUUUAAUUCACAAUGGAAGAAAUACUAGGUCAGGAAAUGCGUCCACCGCUGGUACUUCGAAAAUUUUUAAACGAA